UCUCUCUCUCUGUCUCUCACUCUCUCUCUCGUUCUCUCUCUCUCUGCCUGUACUUCCAGUGAGUGAAUGAGUGCUGGCCGGCUCUCCUACUGUAGGUGGAGCUGGCUUUCCUGGAAUUGUGGGGCAGCUCUUCCUGUUGUGCUUGCUACUUGCUACCUCAUGCUCUCCGUCUCCUGGUUCCUGGUUAAUGACAGCCCUGCUCCGCUACCGCAGGAUUACUGCCUUAUGAAGACUUGUUCCAUCUGGAUGCGGGCCUCUCUUCUGUUACUGCACACUGCCACCGCCUCGUUUCGGGGGGUUUCUUUGUUGUCGUUUAAUAUACUUUCAUGAUUUGGGUCAGAAGUUCCCCCUCAACCGAAAUGUCUCUGCAGUACAAAGCGGAGCGAAAUCCAUCGAUAGCUGAUCAGCUUCCCUGGAUUUUGCUGACGACACCGCUUUGUUGUGCGUGAAGAUGGAAACACUGGAGUCGGAGCUGACCUGCCCAAUUUGUCUGGAGCUCUUCGAGGACCCACUGCUCUUGCCCUGCGCUCACAGCCUGUGUUUCAACUGUGCCCACCGCAUCCUAGUCUCCCACUGCACCCCCAACGAGCCUGUGCAGUCCAUCAGCGCCUUUCAGUGCCCAACCUGUCGCUAUGUCAUCACCCUCAGCCAGAGGGGCCUAGAAGGACUGAAGCGUAACGUCACUCUGCAGAACAUCAUCGACCGCUUCCAGAAGGCUUCCGUGAGCGGGCCCAACUCCCCCAGUGAGACUCGCCGCGAGCGGGCCGCCCUAGACAACACGGCCAUGACCUCCCCCAAUGAGAGGGUGCAGUGCCAGUUCUGUGAGCAGGACCCUCCCCAAGACGCUGUCAAGACCUGUGUCACCUGCGAGGUGUCCUACUGCGACGAGUGCCUGAAGGCCACCCACCCCAAUAAGAAGCCCUUCACUGGCCAUCGUCUGAUCGAGCCCAUGCCGGACUGCCACCUCAGGGGACUCAUGUGUCUGGAGCACGAGGACGAGAAGGUGAACAUGUACUGUGUCACAGAUGAACAGUUGAUCUGUGCCUUGUGCAAACUGGUCGGUCGGCAUCGGGACCACCAAGUAGCAGCACUCAGCGACCGCUACGAGAAACUGAAGAGAACUCCAGGCUGCUAUCUCAGUGAGAGGAUUGAACAGGAGGAAGCAGGCCAGGUGAUAUCUACGCAAGCCUUGGACUCCAACCUCAGCAAUCUAAUCAAGAGGAACAAUGAGUUGGAAACUCUGAUGGGCAAGUUGAUCCAGACUUGCCAACAUGUGGAGUGUAAUGCAUCAAGACAAGAGAACAAGCUCCUUGAAGAAUGUGACCUCCUGAUCGACAUCAUACAGCAGAGAAGGCAGAUCAUAGCCACCAAGAUAAAGGAGGGCAAGGCUAUACGGCUGCGAAAGCUAGCCCAGCAGAUCGCCAGCUGCAAGCAGAUCAUUGAGAGAUCGUCGUCCCUCAUCACUCAGGCUGAUCACACCCUCAAGGAGACAGACCACGCCCGCUUCCUGCAAACAGCCAAAAGCAUCUGUGAAAGAGUGUCUAUGGCAACAGCAUCCUCUCAGAUCCUGAUUCCAGAGAUCAACCUAAAUGACACCUUUGAUACGUUUGCGUUGGACUUCACAAGGGAAAAGAAAAUGCUGGAAAGCUUGGAUUACCUCACAGCACCAAAUCCCCCAAUAAUCCGGGCGGAAUUAUGUACAGCAUCGAACGACACCAUUACUGUUCACUGGACGUCAGAUGACGAGUUCUGUGUCGUCUCCUAUGAACUUCAGUAUGCCAUCUUCACUGGACAAGCCAAUGUUGUCAGUUUGUGUAACUCGGCUGAUAGCUGGAUGAUUGUGCCCAACAUCAAGCAGAACCACUACACAGUGCAUGGACUCCAGUGUGGCACCAAGUACGUGUUCAUCGUCAAGGCCCUCAAUCAGGCAGGGAGUCGCAGCAGUGAGCCUUGGAAACUCAAGACCAACAGUCAGCCAUUCAAGUUGGACCCAAAGUCUGCUCACAAGAAGCUGAAGGUCUCCCAUGACAACCUGACAGUGGAGCGAGACGAGACGUCGUCCAAGAAGAGUCACACUCAGGACCGCUUCACUAGCCAGGGCAGCUACGGCGUCACAGGGAAUGUGUACAUUGACAGCGGGCGCCACUACUGGGAAGCCUUGAUAGGAGGGAGCACAUGGUUUGCUGUGGGCGUUGCUUACAAGUCAGCACCGAAACACGAGUGGAUUGGCAAGAACUCGGCCUCGUGGGUACUGUCUCGCUGCAACAACUCCUGGGUAGUACGUCACAACAGCAAGGAGAUGCCCAUCGAACCGUCUCCCCACCUGCGUCGUGUGGGGGUGUUGCUGGACUACGAUGCUGGCUCCCUGGCCUUCUACGAUGGUGCCGGCUCACAGCACCUGUACACAUUCGACAUCGCCUUCGCUCAGCCAGUCUGUCCUGUGUUCAACGUGUGGAACAGGUGUCUGACCGUCCUCACAGGGCUGCCCAUCCCAGACCACCUAGAGGGGACAGACUGCCGGGAUUAACAGUCCAGCUAAUAGAACACAGAGACACAAAGGGAGAAGAACAGACUGACUACAGCCUCACCUGGCUGACUUUUUGUCCCACCACCAAUGCUGUAUAAAACAAAACAAAGCCAUGGUCCCAGAUGUCUUUAAUCAUGCUCUUAUUAGAAGUAAAUUAAUUUCUAGAAUUA